GUGACAUAGCCGCCUCCUUAUACGGAGCCUCGUCGCCUUUCUCCGGUUACUUGUAGGUUAAAUUAGUUUGUCAUUUUCCACACAGAAGUUUCGUCCAUAUUUACCGGGACAGCGCCCUGCGGAGCUCAGCAUGGGCACCGUCCAUGCCCGGAGCCUGGACCCUCUGCCCAUGCGGGGGCCAGAGCUGGGAGUCCAAGCUGACGACAUCGAGGCUCUGGAGAUUGAACAUGAGCCAAAGCAAGAAGUUCUCGAAAACAAGGAUGUUGUGGUUCAGCGGGUACACAUAGAUGGGCUUGGACGAACCAAAGAGGACUUGCUGACUUAUGAAAUUGCAGAUGUUUUUCGGGCGAAGAAUUUGAUCGAUGUAAUGAGGAAAUCCCACGAAGCCCGACAGAAACUUCUGCGUCUCGGCAUCUUCAGGAAAGUUGAAGUCGUAAUUGACACCUCUAGAGGUGAAGACGCUCUUCCUAACGGCCUUGAUGUGACGUUUGAAGUCACCGAGCUGAGACGGCUGACGGGCAGCUACAACACCAUGGUUGGAAACAAUGAAGGCAGUAUGGUACUGGGCCUGAAGUUACCUAACGUCCUAGGUCGGGCAGAGAAACUGACCUUCCAGUUCUCCUACGGCACCAAAGAGACAUCCUACGGUCUGUCCUUCUUCAAACCACAACCAGGACACUUUGAACGCAGCAUUUCUCUCAACGUGUACAAAGUAACUGGCCAGUUUCCAUGGAGUUCACUGAGGGAGACAGAUCGUGGCGUUUCUGCAGAGCUGAGUUUCCCUGUAUGGAAGACCAGCCAAACUCUAAAGUGGGAGGGAGUGUGGAGAGAGCUGGGCUGUCUGGCCCGUACUGCCUCAUUCGCCGUCCGAGAGGAGAGCGGCCAUUCCCUCAAGUCCUCCCUUUCGCAUGCCAUGGUCAUCGACACCAGAAACUCCUCCAUCCUUCCCAAGAAAGGUGGCCUGUUGAAGAUCCAUCAGGAACUUGCUGGUUACACUGGGGGAGAUGCCAGUUUCCUAAAGGAGGACUUUGAGAUUCAGCUCAACAAAACACUCAUCUGGGAUUCAGUCCUCUCUGCCUCGAUGUGGGGCGGUUUACUCCUUCCUAUCGGUGACAAGCCAACAAGCAUUGCAGACAGGUUCUAUCUGGGUGGUCCCACCAGCAUCAGGGGCUUCAGUAUGUACAGUAUGGGCCCACAGAGUGAAGGUAUGACAGGUGACUACUUGGGAGGAGAGGCCUACUGGGCAGGAGGCCUACACCUUUACACACCGCUACCUUUUAGACCGGGCCGGGGGGGCUUUGGCGACCUCUUCAGAACGCACUUCUUCCUAAACGCAGGAAACCUUUGUAACCUCAACUAUGGUGAAGGGCCACAAGCACAUCUAAAAAAGCUGGCAGAAUGUAUCCGUUGGUCAUAUGGACUGGGCAUUGUGCUGCGUUUGGGGAACAUUGCCAGGCUCGAGCUAAAUUACUGCAUUCCCAUGGGAGUCCAGAGUGGAGACAGGAUAUGUGAUGGGGUCCAGUUUGGAGCAGGAAUCAGAUUUCUGUGAAGCCACCUGUCUUGGAUGAAGGUCUUCUUUGUGUUUAAAUAUUCAUUUUAUGCCAGAUUCAUUUUAUUUGGAAGGGGAAACUGUACAGAAUUGUUGUUACAUCUAACUAGUUCAAUUAAAGUGUUUGCACUGA